AUGGACUCUAACAUCAUUUUUGAUUAUGAUAUGACAAUGACUCAGAAUCAAAAAAUUACAUCCAAUCAAGAUCAGUUCUCAAACCAAUAUCAUACACCAAACAACAACAAUCAGUCAAAUCCUUAUGAUAAACCACCAACACCUCAGAACUGGAACAUUCCAUAUUUAUAUCAAUAUCAAUUGGCCGAUCCAAUAUUAUUUUAUUUAUAUAUUGAUUUAAUUGAAUGUUUAAGAUUAAAUAUAUAUAUACUUCAUUAUCUUAUGACAUAUUAUCCAGUGGUAGGACAAUUUUUCAAAAUAUCAGCCAACUUUUAUGGAGGUGUAGAUCCAUCGAUGAACCUACUUCAAUGGUGGGAAGUGUUUUCACCAAAGUUUGUUUGCAAUUCAAAUAAAGAGACUAGAAAUGAAGUAGCUUAUCUUAAACAAAUCAAUGAGACAAACAAAAAACAAAAAGAAUUUAUUAAAACAUUCAAUGACCAUAAGGAUAUCGUUACCCAAAAUCCAGUUUCUAAACCACAACCUCUUAAAUUUCAUAAUGAGUCACCUCCUAGUUUUCAAUCCAACAAUACCAACAAACAUAAUAAUAACAAUGACAACACUUCUAAAUCAACAACAUUUAUACAAGUAAACAAAAAGGUAAAUCUAUCAAAUAUAGAAUAUAAACAUCAUUCUGUGAAAAGAGAAAAUGGGGUUUCUCCAAACAUGAAUGGUUUAUAUAAGAAGCACAAAGGAGGACUAUUAAAGAAAAAGAAGAAAUUCUCUCUAGAUGAUGAAGAUGAUGAAGAAAUAGAUAACUAUUCGUCACCAAUGUCUUCUCCUAAUUCAUUACCACCAAGUCCAACUCAAACACAAACACCAUCUUCAAAAAUAACAACAAAUAUAAACACAAACACAAACACAAUUGUAAAUAAUUUUAGUAUUAAAAACCUUUAUACCAAUAGUAAAGAUCAGAAAAACAGUAUUAUCAAUAGUAAUAAUAUUACCCCUGAUAGGAGACAAAUAUUUUCCAAUUUUCUAGAAAAGAUGACAAACAAUUCACAAUCAACCAUACAAUUGAGUAUGAGUAGCUCCGAAUCCAUCAUCGAAACACCGGAAAUGGAGAUGAACUCAAAUUUUCAUAUUCAAUUUCCUAUCUAUAAAUCAAAAGAGUUUAAUCCACUUCCAAAACUGUCAUAUGGUCUACCUAUAAAUAAUAUAUCAGAUCCAUCCAAAGACUUAAACUAUGGCUCCCCAGAUAACAACAGUACCAUUGACAUACCAAAUACCAUUGAACUAUCUUCAAAUAGAUAUAUCCAAUCAAUGUCCAAUCAAUUUCAACAACAACAACAACAACAACAACAACAACAACAACAACCUACAUAUCAAUAUCAUACAUACCCAACUCAACAAUCAAUUCUUCAACACAAUCAACAAUUAUUAUUACAACAACAACAUCAUCACCAACAAUAUCAACAAUAUAUGUUACAACAUCAAAACCAUAUGAUGAACCAACAAUUACCAACACCACCUCAUUUAAUACCAUCAAAUAUCCAACAAUAA